AUGACGCACGAAGCAUUUACGAUCGAAAAAAAUAUUCUAAUUGAUAAUAUUACAUCAGCAACAAUUAUCCCAACAGAAAAUGAUAAUAUUAAUAUUAAUAAUAUUGAUCCUCUUAUUGAACCAUUGAUUGAUGCAGACGAAUUAGAAGAAGCUGUUCAUAAUGAUGAAACGCUUCAUCGAAUCGAACGACAAUUUUCAUCUAUUCUUUCACUUAAUUCCCGUAAACAAACUCCAACGAAAUCAUCUCCGGAAAUUAUUGGUCGAUGUACUGGAAUCGUUUUUGCUCUUAUCGCAUCAUGUUUUUUUACAUGUUCGAGUUUUAUUAUAAAACAAUUACGUGUAGACUUCUUCGAUGCACUUCUAAUUCGAUUUUUCUUACAAACAGGAAUAAUACUCGCGUUUAUUCUUUACAAAAAAAAUAAAUUUAUCAACGGUUCAACAAAUUUAAUUAUUUUACAAAUAGUUCGUGCAAUCAUAGCAGUAUCUGGUUUACUUUUAUUCUUUUGGAGUUAUCAUUACAUUCCACUGCCAGAUUUAACAACAUGUCGCUAUACACAAGUUGUUUGGACAGCUAUAAUAGCAAUGAUUAUUUUUCGCGAACGUAUAUCAAUAUCAACUGUGCUAGCUAUUAUAUUUACACUAACCGGUGUCGUGUUAGUUGCACAACCCACGUUUUUCUUUGGUAAUCAUCAAGUAUUCUCAAAUGCAAGUAAAGUAGAAAUGAAUAAAUCAAAUACUACAAAUUUCGACCUAGAGAAAUCUAAUCGUUUACUUGGCCUUUGUCUUGCACUUGGCUGCGCUGUAUCAAUAUCAUUGAGUAUAGUAAUAAAUAAAAAAUUACUUGUCUCAAAAAUACCUCAAAGUAUAAUAAUGCUUCAAUUUUCAUUGCUCAAUUUAGCUGUACUUUUUCUUAAUCAUAUGUACAAUCGUCUCAUUCUACAUAAAUAUGCCGAUCGAACGAUGUUUACUUGGCAAUUUUUUCUUGCUGCAUCUGUUUCAUUAUUUCAAGUCAUUUCCUCAACAUUAACCUAUCGAGCAAUUAAACUUGAGCAUCCAUCAAUAAUUUCUAUAGUUCAAUCAUCUGAUAUACUGUUCGCCAUAGCAUUACAAAAUUUAUUUACUAAUCAAAAAUCAAAUUGGUUUGUUUUAUUUGGUUCUCUAUUAGUUACAACAAGUAUUUUUCUUGUGGGUGUUCCUAAAUUUUUGUUAAGUCGCAAGCAAUCAUUAGAAAACAAGAGAAAUAGUAGCAAACUAUGA